AUGUCUUUCUUUCUUUCUUUCUUUCUUUCUUUCUUUCUUUCUUUCUUUCUUUCUUUCUUAAGGACCUUAUAUUUUUCUUUUCCUUUUUUAAUUAAUUCUUUUUCAUAUUCUUUCCUUCUUUUACUCCUUCUUUCUUUCUUUCUUUCUUUCUUUCAAGCUUGUUUACUAAAUAAGUGUUUCUUUCACUCAUUAAUUCAUUCAAAUUUUCAUUCUUUCUUAAUUUCUUUUCCUUAUUUUUACUUUAUUACUGUAUUUCAUUCAACUUCUUUUCUCAAAUCUACGUCUUUUUGUACCUCUUUUUUUUUCUUUAUUUCUUUCUUUCAAAUGAUUUUUUUCUCGUGCUUUCUUUUACAUUUUCAUUCAUGGUAUCCUUAUUUUCACUUUAUUCAUAAGUCUUUCAUUUCCUUUAUAUUUCGUUUCUUCUUUAUUUCUUUUUUUUUCUUUCCUCGUAUUCUUUUCCCGCUGUUUUUUUUCUUUAUUGUUUUCUUUCCUCGUCUUCUUUUCCCGCUCUUUUUUUCUUUAUUUCUUUCUUUCCUCGUCUUCUUUUCCCGCUCUUUUUUCUUUAUUUCUUUCUUUCCUAGUCUUCUUUUCCCGCUCUUUUUUUUCUUUCUUUCCUCGUCUUCUUUUCCCGCUCUUUUCUUUUUUUAUUUUUGCAUCAUCAAUUUAUCUUUCUUUUACUUUUUCUUUUUUCGUUCCAUUAUUUUCAAUUUAUUAGUUUCUUUCAUUUACUUUAUAUUUUCUUUGUUCUUUCUUUAUUUUUCUCUCUUUUCAUUUCUAUUUGUUGUUCUUUCUUUCUUUCUUUCUUUCUUUCUUUCUUUCUUUCUUUCUUUCUUUCUUUCCUUUCUGUUCGUUCAUCCGAAAUUUCUUUAG